GAUGAGAAACUCCCGCCAAAAAACUAGACUGUAAGCUCCUUGAGGGCGAAACUCAUUUCGUUUUUCCUCAGCAGCAGCCCUUCCCCCUCUGGAGUUGGCCCUCCAGUGUCUAGAGGCUUGGGUAGGACAACAGAGGUCUCUGUAGAUACUUGCUGCUUGAUUGAGAGAUACUCUAGGAGGUAGCGGGUAGGGAGGAGGAAUAUAUCCUGGCUUUGACAAAGGAGGAGCUACAUCCCCUUUCUGAAGCAUUUCAAGUUACUGUUGAGAUAGAUUUUCACACCUCUGCAAGGGUCUGCAUGCCCUUGACAGGGUGGGGAUAAUAAAGCAGGUCUGUUGGCCCGGGCCGCCCCCAGGGAGUUGGCAUUUGUCAGGCAUGUAGUGGCCAAGGGUCUCUGGAACCUGGACAGAAUUUCUGCGAAUGAUUCUCUUUCCUUUGGUUCCAAAUAGGGUUUGUGCCUGCCUGGCACUGUGCCUCAGCCAAGUUGUUUUUUGUUUGUUUCUUUCAGUCAGACUUUGGGAUUGGAAGGCUUUUAAAAUAAGGAUGUUAAGAAUACCUUAUUACCAAAUAGCAACCCUUAAGAAAUAAAUUUUAUUAAUUUCAUUUUACUGAUGGAGUGUGCGGGCACAGAACGUUUCAGUGACUUUCUCCGGGUCACACAGGGCCAAGAUUAGUACCUGGAUUGCCUCAGAGCCUCUUUUCGUACCAGACCAUGGCAUCUCUGUGGUGUUCUUAUGUCCUAGUGAGAUGGCUUGAGCAGAUCAGAAGAUCUGGGUUUGAAUUGUAGCUCUGUCACUUACCAGCUUUAGGGGGAGUGACACCUUUCUGAGCUUCUGUGUCUUCAUCUGUAAAAUGGAGAUGAGGAUAUCUAUUCUCCCUUCCAAGGUAGUUGUGAAAAAUAUUAAAAGUAAAAGGGCUUUGUAGUUUGUGAAAGUGUGCUACAUUAUCAUCACCAUCUCCACUUUAUAAAGAUGGUAGAUCCUGCAAGCAAGGUGACAAAUUCUGUUUUUCUCCUUGAAAUCGUCUCCCUGUUCAUACCCUUCCAAGUCUCUGCCCGCACCUCAGGGCACCAUAUCUCCAAAGGUCUUUCUUAGUAUUGAUGGCCUCAGUAACUGUGACCACAGCUCCUUGUGAGCUUGUCAUAAUUCCCUCCAUCCCAGUGAACACUGGGAAAAAUUUAGAGCUUUCUCUUUGUUGCACAAGGGUGGACUGGAUGUAUUUUGGGAGAGAGGGGCUUUUGAAGUAAUAGAUGCAUUGAGAGUUUACCCCAGAUAUUGCCCCAGUUACCUUGGCCUUAGGUCCAGUGAGGGUCCCAAAUAGGCCACUUGGGACCACACCCAGAGCUUCCAGGGUUUCUGCUUAGAGAUGUACUAGCCAAUGCAUCCUGAAUGCUGCCUUUUGCAGAGAAUACCCUGCACAUUGUAGUUUGAAGUCCUUAGACCACAUGCGAUAGACAUUUCAGGUGCCUUACCCCUUCACCCCUGGGCAUGGUCGGGGAUAGUGUUUCUGAUCAUGGAUCAUGGUAAGAUGGGUUGGGAGAGGGCUCUAGACCUGUGGAUUUUUGAUCCCCCAUGGGGCCACAGGUCAUGUGUAGAGCUUGUAAGUGGAUGCUGUUCUUGUUUACUCCUUUCCUAAGCCUUAACCACCACCCCCUUUUCCAUAGUUAGCUGUCCCACAGCCUUAUAUACCUCAUUAGAACAUUAGCUCUCUCCCCAUGUUGCAUUGAUCUGUAGUGAUCUGUUGUGUUUACUUUUCUGUCCCUUCAAUCAGACAGCGCUCCUUGAGGGCAGGGAUCCAUGAGUGUUUGAUUUCUCAUUUCAUUCAGCUAACACUUAUAGAAUGCUUACUUAGGAGUCAGGCACCGUUCCAGGUGCUGGAGAUACAGCAGUGAACAAGACAGGCAAAAAUCCCUCCCCUCAUGGGCCUUACAUUCUAGAGGAAGGAAACAAAUAUACAUGAUAAAUAUAUAAAUUACAUAGCACAGUAAAAAUUGGUGAGUGUUAUAGUGAAAUAUAAAGCAGGAUGAAAGAUUGCUGGUGGGGGAAAGGGAUUUGCAAUUUUGGAUAGAAUGGUCAUAGGUCUCACUGAGAAACACUGUUUAUGGAAAGACUUGGAGGAGGUGAAAGAGCAAGCCAUGUGGAUACCUGAGGGGCAGGAUGUUCAGACAGAGGGAAUAGCCAGUUUGCUCAGUGGCCACUUGAUCAGAUGGAAGGGUAAAUGAAUGCAUGCAUGCCUGAACGUCUGGCUCACAGUCUCCUGGCCUCCUCUUUAGGCCUGUCUCGUUGGUUCCCGGGUGCCAUGAGGAAGCCUCGCCGGAAGUCACGGCAGAAUGCCGAGGGCCGGCGCUCCCCAUCCCCCUAUAGUCUGAAGUGCUCACCCACUCGGGAGACCCUGACAUAUGCCCAGGCCCAACGGAUCGUCGAGGUGGACAUUGAUGGACGUCUGCAUCGUAUUAGCAUCUAUGACCCGCUCAAGAUCAUCACAGAGGAUGAGUUGACUGCCCAGGAUAUCACCGAAUGCAAUAGUAACAAGGAAAACAGUGAGCAGCCUCAGUUCCCUGUCAAGUCCAAAAAACCCUCAUCCAAGGGCAAGAAGAAGGAGUCCUGCUCCAAGCAUGCAUCCGGCACUUCCUUCCACCUCCCACAACCCAGCUUCCGCAUGGUGGACUCAGGCAGUCAACCAGAAGCACCCCCGCUGCCUGCUGCCUACUACCGCUACAUUGAGAAGCCACCUGAAGACCUGGAUGCAGAAGUAGAGUACGACAUGGAUGAGGAGGACCUUGCCUGGCUGGACAUGGUAAAUGAGAAGCGGCGAGUAGAUGGGCACAGUUUGGUGUCGGCAGAUACCUUUGAGCUGCUGGUGGACCGGCUUGAGAAGGAGUCAUACUUGGAGAGUCGAAGCAGUGGGGCCCAACAGUCACUCAUUGACGAAGAUGCUUUCUGCUGUGUAUGCCUGGAUGACGAAUGCCACAACAGCAACGUCAUUCUCUUCUGUGACAUCUGCAACCUGGCUGUACACCAGGAGUGCUAUGGCGUCCCUUACAUCCCCGAGGGCCAGUGGCUAUGCCGCUGCUGUCUACAGUCUCCCUCCCGGCCCGUGGAUUGCGUCCUCUGCCCCAACAAGGGUGGCGCCUUCAAACAGACCAGUGAUGGGCACUGGGCCCACGUGGUGUGUGCCAUCUGGAUCCCUGAAGUCUGCUUUGCUAACACCGUGUUCCUGGAGCCUAUUGAGGGCAUCGACAACAUCCCAGCUGCCCGCUGGAAACUAACCUGCUAUAUCUGCAAGCAGAAGGGGCUGGGUGCAGCCAUCCAGUGCCAUAAGGUGAACUGCUACACGGCCUUCCAUGUGACGUGUGCACAGCGGGCUGGGCUCUUCAUGAAGAUUGAGCCUAUGCGUGAGACCAGCCUCAAUGGCACCAUCUUCACAGUGCGCAAGACCGCCUACUGUGAGGUCCACUCGCCGCCAGGUGCCGCCACUGCUAGGAGGAAGGGCGACUCCCCAGGAAGUCUCAGUGAGGUUGGGGAUGAAGAAGGGCUGAAGGAAGGCUGUGGGGAGGAAGAAGAGAAGGAAGAGGUAGAAGAGGAGGAGGAAGAUGAAGGCCAAGGUGGGGUAGGUGGCCCCCUCAAGGGAGUGUCCAAGAAGAACAAGAUGACUUUGAAGCAAAGGAUCAAGAAGGAGCCAGAGGAAGUGGGCCGAGACACACCCUCCACUGUCCCCAUGGUCACUGUCCCACAGAUACCCUCUUACAGGUUGAACAAGAUCUGUAGUGGUCUCUCCUUUCAGAGGAAAACCCAGUUCAUGCAGCGGCUUCACAACUACUGGCUGUUGAAGCGGCAGGCACGGAACGGUGUCCCCCUCAUACGGCGCCUGCACUCCCACCUGCAGUCCCAAAGGAAUGCUGAGCAGCGGGAGCAGGACGAGAAGACAAAUGCAGUGAAGGAAGAGCUGAAAUACUGGCAGAAGCUCCGGCACGACUUGGAGCGGGCACGGCUGCUGAUUGAGCUGAUUCGGAAAAGAGAAAAGCUCAAGCGGGAGCAGGUCAAGGUCCAGCAGGCCGCCAUGGAGCUGGAGCUUAUGCCGUUCAACGUUCUGCUGAGGACAACACUGGACUUGCUGCAGGAGAAGGAUCCCGCACACAUCUUUGCCGAGCCUGUCAACCUGAGUGAGGUUCCAGAUUACCUGGAAUUCAUAUCCAAGCCAAUGGAUUUUUCUACUAUGAGGCGGAAGCUGGAGUCCCACCUGUACGGCACCUUGGAGGAGUUUGAGGAGGACUUUAACCUUAUAGUUACCAACUGCAUGAAGUAUAAUGCUAAAGACACAAUUUUCCACCGAGCAGCUGUCCGCCUGCGGGACCUGGGAGGGGCCAUCCUGCGGCACGCCCGGCGGCAGGCAGAGAACAUCGGCUAUGACCCCGAGAGGGGCACCCACCUGCCCGAGUCACCCAAAUUGGAGGACUUUUACCGCUUCUCCUGGGAAGACGUGGACAACAUCCUCAUCCCAGAGAACCGGGCCCACUUGUCCCCAGAGGUGCAGCUGAAGGAGCUGCUGGAAAAACUGGACCUGGUGAGUGCCAUGCGGUCCAGUGGGGCCCGGACCCGCCGUGUCCGCCUGCUACGCCGGGAGAUCAAUGCCCUUCGGCAGAAGCUGGCGCAGCCGCCACCACCGCAGCUGGCAUCGCUAAACAAGACUGUGUCCAAUGGGGAGCUGCCAGCAGGGCCCUGGGGGGAUGUGGCUGUGCUGGAGCAGGCCCCGCAGGAGGAGCCAGAAGACGAUGGGGACAGAGAUGACUCCAAAAUGCCUCCCCCACCAACCCUGGAGCCUACUGGGCCUGCGCCUUCCUUGUCUGAGCAAGAAUCCCCUCCGGAUCCCCCCACUCUGAAACCCAUCAAUGAUAGCAAACCUCCAAGCCGAUUCCCAAAGCCAAGAAAAGUGGAAGAAGAUGAGCUUUUGGAAAAAUCACCUCUGCAGCUAGGGAACGAGCCCUUGCAACACCUGCUCGGUGACAAUGGCAUUAAUAGAGUAUCCCUCAUGACCCCCGAUACAUCCCCCGCAGGCGCCCCACUCAGUGGCGUGGGCCGUCGCACAUCAGUCCUCUUCAAGAAGGCCAAGAAUGGGGUUAAACUACAGAGGAGCCCAGACAGGGCCCUGGAGAAUGGUGAGGACCAUGGCGCAGUGGGCUCUCCUGCGUCUCCCACCAGCAUCGAGGAUGAACAGCACUCCCGGAAGCGGCCAAGGAGCAGGAGCUGUAGUGAGAGCGAAGGGGAGAGGUCCCCCCAGCAGGGGGAAGAGACAGGUGUGACCAACGGCUUUGGAAAACACACUGAAAGCGGGUCUGACUCAGAAUGUAGUUUGGGUCUCAGUGGUGGACUGGCAUUUGAAGCUUGCAGUGGUCUGACACCCCCCAAACGCAGCCGAGGGAAGCCAGCCCUGUCUCGAGUGCCCUUCCUGGAAGGUGUGAAUGGAGACUCUGACUACAACGGCUCAGGCAGAAGCCUCCUGAUGCCCUUUGAAGACCGUGGAGACCUGGAGCCCCUGGAGCUGGUGUGGGCCAAGUGCCGAGGUUAUCCCUCCUACCCCGCCUUGAUCAUCGAUCCCAAGAUGCCCCGGGAGGGCCUUCUGCACAAUGGCGUCCCCAUCCCCGUCCCCCCACUGGAUGUGCUGAAGCUGGGAGAGCAGAAACAGGCCGAGGCUGGAGAGAAGCUCUUCCUUGUCCUCUUCUUUGACAAUAAACGCACCUGGCAGUGGCUUCCGAGGGACAAAGUCCUGCCCCUGGGUGUGGAAGACACUGUGGACAAGCUCAAGAUGCUGGAAGGCCGCAAGACCAGCAUCCGCAAGUCAGUGCAGGUGGCCUACGACCGUGCGAUGAUCCAUCUGAGCCGAGUGCGGGGACCCCACUCCUUUGUCACCUCCAGCUACCUGUAAGGGCAGGGCCUGGCCUGCAUCUGCCUGCCCUGCCUCCGUCCUGUGGGGCACAGAGAAGCCUCUUCCUGCCCCAGCCAGACGUACGGCUGGCAGCUUGCCCCUUCCAUGGCAGGCCAGGGACUGGGCUGUAUCCUCCCCAAGGACAAGGCCCCAGUUUGGACUAAACUGCAUGGUUCCCCUGGUGGGCCUGCUGUGUGCCAAAAACUCCCACCUGAGCUCCCUCAGGGGCUUGUCCACUGAAGAACCAGUUAGAAAUAGAAACAGCUGUGAGGCUUGGGCCCAGCCGAGGAGAUAGACCUGGCCCCAGAAAGCAAGAGGUCUUGGGCUUUCUCAAGGGUGUGCCUGGCCCCUCCAACUCAUUCCUAACUAACUACACCUCAGGGUGAGCGAGGCUCUGACACUGACCCCAGAGGUGCUGUGGAUACACUAGGGUCCCACGGGGAAUCUCACGGAGCUCACCCUCUCUCUCUAUCACCCGUCCUCAUACCUCUUCCCUGUCCCAUCUUCUGUACCUCUGCCCAGUCUCUCUUUUUCCCUUGUUCCUUUCCCGACUUCCUCUUGUGCCAAACUGACAGAAACCAUCACCAAACUGAUCUUUUUCUUUUUAUGGCUCAUUCCCUUUGAGGCCAGCUGCUAGCCUACCACUUGGGUGACCCCUUCACCAGCACACCUCCCCACCCCCUUACAUGUGCUACAGACAAACAGCUGAGGCCAGGCUGUGAGAACUUGCCUGCUUAGAUUGAGGCAGGGUCCCUCCAGCCCUCUUCUGUCUUGCAGAGAGGUGGGCUCAGGCUGGACGGGCUCCUGUCAGCAGACCAGGCUGCUUGUGCCAGUGUCCAUCUGUCCACGUGGAUUCCGAGGGUUGUUGGGUGAAGCUGUGCCCUUUGGCUGGGUCUGCCCUUUCACUCCUCCUAGCGUCUCCUCGUGGGCUUUUCCUUUUCUGCACCUGCAGCCUCUAGCCUCUCUCUCUACCACUAGGGAUGGCGUGGGGCCUGCAGUCCAGCAUCUUCCUGUCCUGCGCUCUGCCCUGCCUAGCCUCUGCUGCUCUGAACUCCAGGGAACACAGUCUUUUAUUUCAAACCCCCUGUCCCUUUCCCUCUUUUCCUUCAACCCCCUCUCCACCUUUACCUUCUCAAAAACAGAAGGGAAAAAAAACUGUGAAACGGGAAUGCUGACUGACAAACCAACACAACUUUCAGAGGCUUCGAUGCCUGUUCUCUGGAUGUUUCUUUUCACCUCUUAAGCACCAAAGUUGCAGGGCCAGGUUGCAGGCCACUGAUUGCCAUGUUGAUUUUUAACCUGACGUUCUUUUUAAUUGUUUUAAAUUUUUCAUAGGGGAGUUUUGGACAAAACAAAGUCACUGGGGAGAUCACUGCCAUUUUUACACACUUUUUAAAAAUACAACCAACCAACCGCCACGACUUCUUAUAUGUUUGGGACAUGAGCCAGAGUUUAAAAGGGAACCAACAAAACUCUCUAUAACAUAAAGGAUGGGGUUUUGGAUUUUGUACAAUAAUAAAACUACAAUACAGCCUAUGGCUAGGGAAGGACAUAGUGUAUAUAAUUGUAAAAUACUGUUCUAAAUUAUUCAGGCCUAUAGUUUCCAUUACUGGAGUCCUCCAUUGUGUGGCUGAGUAUUUUAAAUGCACACAGUGUGGUUUAUUUAAAGGAGCCAAUGCGUCCCCCCUCCCCAGGUAGUCGGUCAGCUGUGGACUAUGUGACCUUCGUCUCAACCUGUGUUGUAAGAUCUCGGGGCUUUCUCUCUCUCUCUUUCUGUGUCUGUCUCUUCCCCCCAAUACUUUCUUAGUCUCUUUCUCCCUUUUUUUUUUUUUCAGUCUCUUUGAAUCUUUCAGUCUCUCUCUGAGUCUCAUUUUUAAAACUGCUCUUUUAGAACGGGAAACGGCUCAGAUCCUGCUGUGGCAUGGGGCCUAUGUGUCUCAGUCGCGUCUGCUGUGAAGCACACGAUGCUCUAUUUAUUGUAGAAAGUGACUUUAUUUGCUUUCUAGAAUUGUUUAUAACAGAUGGUAUAAGAGAGGUAAUAAACAGAGAAAAAUCUAUGCUUGUAAAGAAUACAAAAGUUAAUUUUACCUACUGUAAUAUGACUGUCUUAAACUUAUUUUCUCUCUGAGAAAUAAAUGUUCUAAUGGGCAGCA